AACACUGAUCAGAUCCGCAUGGAUAACACGGUCUAUCUGAUGGUUCGACACGUUACAGUGGAGGAUGGGAAGCUGUAUGUGUGUGAAGUGCGGGAAAACGGAAACAUUCUUCACACAAGUAACACAGGUUUUACUGUAGACAAGUAUUUAUCUUAUGGGGGAUACACACUUUACCGCUCCAGCACCGGUCACAGUGAACUUCACCUGGUUUGUUCUGGGAGUUAUGGUCGUAACUAUUCCCGUGCUGAGUGGAUCUGGUCACCUCAUCACCUUCAACAGUGGAAAGUAAUAGCAUCUGCAGAACGUUCUCAGCCCAUCAUCAUCACCAAUGUCAAUGGGACCAACUUCGUGAAUCGACUGGUGACCUCAGGGAAACUCUUCGAUGGCAAGGAUUUCAAUGUGAGGAUUGUCCCCGUUGUGUUUCAAGAUGCCGGAGUUUACGCCUGUUAUCUGGAACGAAAUCUAUUUUCCACCAUUGAUCUAAUCACAGUGAAAGUCACAGCUGAACCGUCUGAUGCAGUGACUGAGGGAGACAACGUUACCCUGACCUGCUCUGUGUCUCACGUCAUUGGGUCAAUGAGACUGUUUUGGAUCAAUGGCGAUGGCAAACGUGUUGGAGAAAAGGCACUGACUGUGGAAGAGAAAUCACCGAGUCUGGUUAUUCAGAAAGCUGAGAGAGGCAGAGGGAACUGGAGAUGUGUUAUGUUUGAUCAACACCUGCCCCGGCUUUUUGUCCCGUACUAUCAGAAGGACAAUAGGAAUUACACUUUCAUUAUCAGAUUUGUUGUAAUUAUCGGAGGCCUGGCUCUUCUCCUCGUCAUUGUACUGGCAGUGGUGUGGUAUCAAAGAAGGCGCAAGCCUACAGGUAAAGUACAUGAAGACAUCCUUAAUGCAGCACAGAUUCCCCCAAAUUAUCAAUGA